UUUCCCUUCCAUGUGUCUCUCGUCAUGCGCCUGCCGUAGCAGCAGCAGCAGCUCCGCGCUCUACGUUUGGUGUCCGCCUCCAGUUGUCGCUGCACUUUGUUUUGACAGCUGCCUGCUUUCUUUUUCUAGAACAGUUUUUUUUACUGAAGAAUGAGCGAAAACGAUGACAUCGAAGUCGACAGCGAUGCAGACAAACGAGCACAUCACAACGCGCUGGAGCGCAAACGGAGGGACCACAUCAAAGACAGCUUCCACAGUUUAAGAGACUCCGUGCCUUCAUUACAAGGAGAGAAGGCUUCCCGGGCCCAGAUUUUGGACAAAGCCACAGAAUACAUCCAGUUGAUGAGGAGGAAAAACCACACCCACCAGCAAGACAUAGAUGAUCUGAAGAAGCAGAACGCGCUGCUGGAGCAACAGGUCCGGGCCCUGGAGAAGGCCAAGGGGAACUCUCAGCUCCAAACCAACUACUCCUCCGACAGCAGCUUAUACACCAACCGCAAAGGCAGCGCGGUGUCGGCCUUCGACGGGGGGUCCGACUCCACCUCCGAAUCGGAGCCGGACGAGCCGCUCAACAGGAAGAAGCUGCGCAUGGAGACCAAUUAAGACUCCAGGCAGCCGAGGCGGACUCUGUGGACCCACCAGCUCUUCUCACCCGCCCGCCUUCUUACGCCAGUCAAGGAGACGAGGCGGAAGCCGUGUUAGAGGUGCUUUUACCGUGCGUCCCAAACGCUUCUAGCUUGCUGUGUCCUCCCGGCAAGCUUCCCCUCUCUCUGUUUUUGUGGCCCCGAAAUGACUUUUCAUACACCCAAAAAGUGUGGCAGCUCAGCAGUUUUGAAGGACAUGUUGCUUUUGAGACCUCGUGAUCACGUGUAGAAACGGCACAGCAUGAAGCUUCAGUAAAGCUGCAAAAAAAAAAAAAAAACGACAACUUUUCUUUAGGUUGCUUGGGGCAACCUUUAUAAUUCGUAAGAAGCUGUAAAACUUUGCCAGCUUCAAUGAAAUUAUGAUUAGAGAUAGUUUAACUUUUUAAAUAUUCAUAUUUUUCCAGGAAAUGAAUGUGAAUUUGUUGUCAGAAAAAAAAAAAGAUGUAAUCUUUCAAGAAGCAACCCUCUUUAUUCAGUUUAGGUGGCUGAAAUUGUCUUUGAAAACGUUGUUUUAGUGGAUCCCUCCUUUUAAUGCACUAAAAUGUAUUUCAUACCCCUAUAUUUAUAUAUUAAUAUGUCCGGUCUCUGUAAUGAUUGGCUGCAGAGUAGACCAACUUCCAGUUUUAGAGCAUUUUUGAGUAUUUAUUUUCCUCUUUUUUAUCUCAGUAAAGAUAUAGAUAUAUAAAUAUAUAUAUAUGUUGUUUUAAAAAUAUCCCUUAAUCAAUAGUGAAUGUUACACAACGCAGGUGAAGGGCAGUAACCUUUAUUUUUGUUAUUGGAAGUCCAUUUCAGUGUGUUGUAUGUAACACUGUAUAUUCCUUAAUGGUGUCAGUUCUGCACAGAAAAGCCUUCCCUUGAAAUAUUUGCCUGUGCUGGGAAUGUUGAUCUUUUAAAAAUCAGAACAUGUGUGUAUGUAAUCAAUAUAUGUUCCAUUCCAUGGAAAUUACAGGUAUGUUGUACAUACUGCCAAUGGUUGUCUUGCAAGUUAAGGCAUACCUUUAUUACGAGACUAUAAAUAAAACUAUUUUAUCCUUUUUGGAUGCA